AGGCUAAAAAUACCCCCAUCCCACGUGGCCACGAGCCGCAUAGCCCACCUGCCGCUGUGGCGGCCUGCAGUUCCGUCUCAGGUCUGGAACCGUCCGCAAGUGGCGCCCUCUGGUGGGCAGACACCUCCCUGCUGUGCAGUCUUUGGCCCUUGGGUGACUUCAAGGAACACACCGCAGACUACUUCUUUGGGACUGUUUUCUUCGGGCAAAGUGCAGAAGCAGGAGCUCAGGAGGUGCCAGGCACCUCUGUGGGGACAAGGGCCAACCGAGGACCCCGGCUGGCGGCAUCAUGGUGCGGAAUGUGGAUGACCUGGACUUCCAGGUGCCCUCACACGCCCAGGACAUGCUGGAUGGCCUGCAGCGACUGCGCGCUCUGCCCAAGCUGGCAGAUGUCACACUGCUGGUGGGCGGUCAGGAGCUGCCCUGCCACCGCGGCCUCCUGGCACUGAGCAGCCCCUACUUCCACGCCAUGUUUGUGGGCAACUUUGCCGAGAGCUUCUCCGCACGCGUGGAGCUGCAUGACGUGGAGCCGGCUGCGGUGGGGCAGCUUGUGGACUUCGUGUACACCGGCCGGCUGACCAUCACACAGGCCAAUGUGGAGGCGCUCACGCGCACGGCCUCGCGCCUGCACUUCCCCGCAGUGCAGAAGGUCUGUGGCCGCUACCUCCAGCAGCAGCUGGACGCCACCAACUGCCUGGGCAUCUGUGAAUUCGGGGAGCAGCAGGGGCUGCUCGGGGUGGCGGCCAAGGCCUGGGCCUUCCUGCGGGAGAACUUCGAGGCCGUGGCACAGGAGGACGAGUUCCUGCAGCUGCCCCGGGACCGGCUGGCUGCCUGCCUGGCCAGCGACCUGCUGCAGGUGCAGCCGGAACAAAGCCGGCUCGAGGCCCUGCUGCGCUGGGUGCGCCAUGAUCCCCAGGGCCGGGCUGCCCACCUGCCCGGGCUGCUCCGCCUGGUGCACCUGGGUGCUGUGCCCAGGCCCUGCGUGCAAGAGCUGCUGGCCACAGAGCCGCUGAUCCAGGCAUCACGGGCGUGCCAGGAGGCCCUGACCCGGGGCCACAGUGGGGCGCUGCCCAGCCCCCCGCAGAAGCUGGAAGAGGUGCUGGUGGUGGUGGGUGGCCGGGCCUUGGAGGAAGACGAGGAGGGUGGUGAGGAGCCCACGCCGCGCCCUGGGAACUUCGCCUUCUAUGACACCCAGGCCAGACGGUGGAUGGCGCUCCCCGACUUCCCUGACUACCACAAGUGGGGCUUCUCCCUGACGGCGCUCAACAACGAUGUCUACGUCACAGGUGGCUCCAGGGGCACCAAGACGGACACCUGGUCAACCACCCAGGCCUGGUGCUUCCCGCUGAAGGAGGCGGCCUGGAAGGCGGUGGCACCCAUGCUGAAGGCCCGCACCAAUCAUGCCAGCGCGGCGCUCAAUGGGGAGAUCUAUGCCAUCGGUGGCACCACGCUGGACGUGGUGGAGGUGGAGAGCUACGACCCCUACACAGACAGCUGGACGCCCGUGCGGCCGGCGCUCAAGUACGUCAGCAACUUCUCGGCGGCCGGCUGCCGGGGCCGGCUCUACCUGGUGGGCUCCAGUGCGUGCAAGUACAACGCUCUGGCGCUGCAGUGCUACAACCCUGUCACAGAUGCCUGGAGUGUGAUUGCCUCGCCCUUCCUGCCCAAGUACCUGUCCUCCCCGCGCUGCGCUGCGCUCCAUGGGGCGCUCUACCUCAUCGGCGACAACACCAAGAAGGUCUACGUGUACGACCCAGGAGCCAACCUGUGGCAGAAGGUGCAGUCCCAGCACAGCCUGCACGAGAAUGGCGCCCUGGUGCCCCUGGGUGAUGCGCUGUAUGUGACGGGCGGCCGCUGGCAGGGCAUGGAGGGCGACUACCAUGUGGAGAUGGAGGCCUACGACACAGUGCGGGACGCCUGGGCCCGCCAUGGCGCCCUGCCCCGUCUCUGGCUCUACCAUGGGGCCUCGGCUGUCUUCCUGGAUGUCUCCAAGUGGGCAGAGCCGUUUAGCCCUGGCCCGGAGCCCUAGCCCUCGAGGUCGCGAAGGUCCCACCCUGAGGGACCCUGGGCAGGGCCUCGUUGUCCAAGAACAGCCCCACUGAUGUGUGCUUGCCUUUCCCCUCGGGGCUGAUGCCAAGGGACACAGCACAGCCGGGGAUGCAGCCUUGUGGCUGGCACCACAGCACCACACUCCACGCUGCCCCGUGUCUGCGGGGUGGGACGUCCAGGGCCUCAGGGAAGGGGCCCGGGCCCAGGACGGCUCGCGCAGAACCUCAGCUCCUCCUCUGUGGCCCUACAAUGGAUUCGGGGGAGCUGUGCCGGAGCAGGUGGGGGAGAAGGGGCUCCAGGCCCAGGGCAGGGGCCUCCCAGGUGGGCCUACUUGCCCCGCCCGCCACGCCUGACACCCGAGCAGCGUCCCCCGCAGGGUCCCAGCGUCUCUGUGGGCUCGGGCUGCCUGCUCCACUGCCCGAUCUGCUCACGACACGGCCUCGGCCCUGCCCGUGUGUGUUGCCUCCACUGGGAAGGCCGCCUGGGGGCCACCGAGAUGGGGCGGGUGAGCAACAGGAGCCAGGGCCUCGGGCCGUUGUGCAGCCCACUUCUCUGGCGGCCUUUAUUGACACAGGCCCUCUCUCAGAAUGGGUUCACCACAGGUUUCUUUUUUUGCAGUACCGGGGAUCGAACUCACAACCUUGCACUUGCCAGGCAGGUGCUUAUGCCAUUGAGCUAUAUCCCCAGCCGGGCUUCGCUACAGGGCAGCAGCCGCUCCAGGCAGAAGAGUUGUGGGAUGCCUUGAAGGAGCACGGUGUCCCCCAGAGAGGCAGCAGGGGCGGGCCCCCGGGGCUGGCUCAGGCCCCAGAACCUGUGUUUGUACCAAGGACACAGUAAAGAACUCUCACUGGCGUGACGCUGCGCCCGCCUCCCACAGGCAGGAUCAGAGGCACCUCAGGGUCCGGCUUGGCCCGGCCUGUGAGGCCCGAGUAGCAUCCGUCUCCCAAAUAGGUUCCCUCUCCGGGGCUGGCCCACAGGGACCAGGAGCCCCCAAAUACCCUGGCUCUAGAGGACCCAGACAGAGUGGGGUCCAGCACCAGCCCCCAAGAGAAAGAGCAGGGCCUUGCAGGACCACCUGGCCAUGGGUUGGGUGGGAAGAGCCGGGGCUCUCUGGGGCUGCGGUCAGCCGGGAGACUGCUCAGAAUGAAGCCCCUGCGGCAGGCAUGGUGGCGUGCACCUGUACUGCCAAGCACUCAGGAGGCUGAAGCGGGAGGAUCACAAGUCUCAGGCCAGC